AAGGAUUCGUCCAUGUCUUCAUUCAAUGCGUGGCACCCCUGCCAACCCCAGUCAACUCCCCCGGUCCCAUCAUGCAUGAGCGCCGUACAGCUCUUUAUUGUGCUCGGUUUUCGACUCUGAUCUCAACCUCAUUCUCAGCCACCAUUCCAGAUCCUCGGCUACCAUACCUCCUACCUAGAGCGCGCACGUGCAAUAACGUAGUGAUAUUUAGUUUUCGGCAUCAGCGUUUAGAAGCGACUCAUUUCAUUUAUUUUCCUUUGGAAUCUCACUGGAUCAGCCAGACCAGUUCACGAUCUCAUCGUCGUUCUUCUCACCGUCAUAAGCUUGGGGACAGAGCCCAACUUACAUACACACACAUCAUGGAGUACCAAGCCCCAACACCAUCAAUCCAGGCCGCUUUCGCCACAGAAAGCAGCCCGCUACCACCACCACCAUCACCGCCACCAGCACCACAAUCGCAACCGCAGCAGCAGCAGCAGCAGCAACCCAUCAUCACAGAGCCUUUCGUCGGCACCAGCAUAAAAUCGAUGAAAAUAGCUGCCGAGAGCUCGCUGCGCGAAUACGCUGCUCUCCAGAAGCAGGGCGCCGUCGCGGGCGGGGGUAACGAAAGAUUGCGUCCCCAGGGCGGGCUCGCGGCUUCUGAUCUCCGCGCUCUGCGCGCCGAGGUCACCGCCGUGUUGAAGAGGGCGCAGAAUGAGCGGUGGCGGAAGUGGUUGCUUGGGGGCAUCGUCGCCGCCAUCAUCCCCGCCGUACGCAAAAUCUUCCGCCGGUCCUCCUCGGACGACCACGUGUCGUCUUCCAACGACACGGAGCACGCCUUCCGCAAGAGCAAGUCCCUCAUCGCGCGCAUCCUGGACUCCGUCCACGUCGAGGGCAAGUCCGGCUUCGCCUCCAUCGCCUCCAUCGCCUUCUUCGUGCUGGCGGUGCUGUACGUGUUUCAGAACGAGGUCUCGCUGCGCGUGGCGCGGACCGUCUCGAAGAGGUUGAAGACGCUCGUCUCCAAGGUCGAGGACGGCGUCGAGGAUGUGGGCGAGCAGGACUUCAAGAUCCUGAAUGGGUGGCGGUGGCGGGUACUUCUUUGGUAAGGUAGCUUCGGGAAGCUAAGAAUGGCAGGAAAGGAAGGAAACAUGGUUAGACUAUAUUCCCAGAGUUGUAGUUGCAUUAGAAGAUUUUGUGCCCUUUAUCUACCUACUGAUGUUUUUACACUGGACGCUAAGAUCUCUACAAA